AUGGGAGAUAGAAAAGAAGCAGAAAAGUGGCCUCUCAUCAAACCCAAAAAGAAUCUCCGAAUUACUCGUCUAAAAGAUACCGAUCUCUUUACUGUGCAAGAUUUCUUCACAUCUGCUGAAUCAAAGGCAUUUGUUAAAGUUGCAGAAUCUAUUGGUUUUGUUCACCAAGGGAGUCUUGGUCCAACACAUGGUGAAGCAUAUAGAGAUAAUGAUAGAAUUUCUGUCAAUGAUCCUGUUCUUGCAAACAUGAUAUGGGAGUCAGGACUAAGCAAAUUGUUUUCUGACAUUAAAAUUAGGGGGAAGGUUGCUGUCGGCUUGAAUCCAAAUAUCAGAUUCUACCGGUACAAGGUCGGUCAGCGCUUUGGACGACAUAUUGAUGAAAGUGUUAAUCUGGUUGAUGGGAAGCGCACUCAUUAUACUCUUUUAAUAUAUUUAAGUGGUGCAACUAAAGCCAAACCCAAAACUGAUUCGAACAGCCAGAAGGAUUCUUCCUCAGAGCCUCUAGUUGGAGGAGAGACUGUCUUCUAUGGCUCAAGGAAUAGUGUGGUGGCUGAUGUGGCUCCUGCUGAAGGGAUGGCUCUCCUACAUAUUCAUGGGGACAAGUGUAUGUUGCAUGAAGCUCGGAAUGUUACUAAGGGUGUGAAAUACGUUUUCCGUUCAGAUGUAUGUUUUGCUUGA